UUCUUUUCUUUUUAGCAUUAUUUAUUUAUUUAUUUAUUAUUAUUCCUCUUUUCUUCAUUCUUCAGUAGCAUCACUUGCGAGCUGCGACAACUUUUCUUCCGAUCGGAUAUGCUUCAGCCGCCGAUUCCACGCGCCGCCGCAGCCGGUUAUCUCCGUCGUUUCUGAUUCGCCGACAACACUGCUUUCACUUUUUGGUUGUGAAUUGUGAUUUUGGUUCUUCAGAGAGUAGGGAGCCAUAUAUAGAAAUUGUCCUAGUGCGCUGAUGAGAAGAACUGAUGUUAUUGGCAGUAGAAGGAGGAGGAUUCUUCUCUUCUUCAGCUUUGGGGUAUAGUAAGGGCCUGAGCCUUCUCCUCUUGGGCCAGAGGAGUGAUGAUAAAUCUAGGACAGUUUUGCCGUGGAACCAGUAUCAGUUGGUAGACCAAGAAUCUGAACCUGAGCUCCAGCUGGCUUCCAAAAAGAACCGCCUUUCCCGCGGUUGCGCUUCCUUUGUUUGCUUUGGUCGCGCUUCCGCAGGACUUGACACUCCAUCUCAUCUUAAAGUUGGCCCUGCCCAACAACAUAAUGUGUCACCAGGGCCACUGGUUCCUGACGAUGGCACAGAUCCUUCUGCUAAUGUAGAUAAUGACAAUAGAAAGGUUGCACUUAAAAGUAGCUUACGAAGGCCACAGAAUCAUAAACCAGAUCCUCUUGAGACUGCUAAUGAACAUGAGGCAUUAGGUGGAAAGGGGAGUGAUGCUCCUGAUCAAACAGAAGGAAGGAAAGUCCAGUGGACAGAUGUUUGUGGCAGUGAGCUUGUCGAAAUACGGGAAUUUGAGCCCAGUGAAGUGGAUGGAUCAAUUGAUGAAUAUGAUGAUGGGAAUGAAAGAACUUGUUCCUGUGCUAUCAUGUAAAUUGGGAUCCCGUGAAUGAAGCAUCAAGUCAUUCAUUCCUAACACUUUGCAUCACUCAAUCUGAGGUCAAAGGAGCAAAGAUUUUUUGGUCAUUCUCAUUCACACCACCAUCUCUCACCUUAGCGACCUUACCUUUUGUGCCUGUGAUUGCCUUGCAGCCUUCAAUUUUGUUCCUCUGCUUUCCAUCAAUUUAUUGUAUAAUAAUCUUUGUUGUGUGAAUUCAUUUCCUUUUGAUUAAUUAUUUUUGUGCUGUUUUUAUUAUCAUAUUUUUAUAUGGAUUAACAAAAUUCAAUCUGAUAUUUUUUUU